GCUUUAUCUCUGGUGGGAGGAGCUUGAGCGUUGAUACGUCAUUACGCUGUAGCAGGAAGCGUCAUGUUUCCAUGAUGGCUGCAGAUCCAGGUUGUCUUCACCUGUAUUUUAUUCUAGUUUUCUCUUUGCUGUGUGGGGUGUAGUCAUGAGCACGACUGGCUUCCAUUUGGUUAGAUUCCACUUCAUCUCCGACCCGCCUCCGCCACCAUGCCUAAGAAAGGGAACAGAAAACGGCUGAAGUUCAAGGGAGACGACAUGAGUUCCCACAGAGUUACUGUGGCAGACUAUGCAAAUUCUGAUCCAGCUGUUGUGAAGUCUGGAAGAAUCAGAAAGUCUGUAGCUAAUGCCGUUCAGAAAGAAGUAAAGGCACUUUGUGGUUUGGAGGCUUCCUCUGUUCCCACUGAAGAUGGAGACUCUAUUUUGUCAGAAAAUGAGCAACACUCAUGUGAUGAAUUUAGUGCUAUUGAAAAUCUCAGAGAAUUAUCAUCAAAAAAAAAGAAAAGUAAAAGACCCAGAGAAAAUAGUGCAGUUGCAGAAAAUGGAACUUCCAUUCCAAUUGACGUAUGGCUUUUGCUGGCCUCUUAUAUACGGCCUGAAGAUGUUAUGAAUUUUUCCCUUAUUUGCAAGAAUGCUUGGAUCGUUUCAUGCACGGCUGCCUUUUGGAUAAGAUUGUAUAAAAGAUAUUAUAAAAUAAAUGUCUACCUUCCAGUACGUUUGCUGCCAGACUUUAUGUACAAGCUGCGAUGUCUGCGUGCCUGUGUAAUCCGUUCAUUGUACCACAUGUAUGAGCCAUUUUGUUCUCGGGUAUCUAAAAGCCCUCCAAUUCCCGAACUUACCCCCAAUACCUUGUCCAAUUCAAAAUGCUUACUUUUCUGGUACAGAAAAGCUGGAGAAAAUCGAGCUGAAAACAUGUGGGAAUUCAACUUUAAAUUUAAAAAACAGCCUACAAAGCUGAAAAACCACUGUCUUAAAGAGCUGCAGCCACCUUCAGAAUACAAGGAAGUUCACUUUAAUCCAGAUAAUGACUGCUAUCUUCUUCAGGUGUCCACACUAAAUUUUAUUUUCAUACCUAUUGUCAUGGGUAUGACACUAUCUUAUUUCACAAUAAAUGUCAGCACUGAUAUGAGGCACCAUAGGGUGAGGUUAGUCUUUCAAGAUUCUCCAGUGUGGAAUGGAAAAAAGCCUCGUGGUGAUCAAGGAGUGCAGGUUGUUCUGGAUCCUGUGCAAACUGUCCAUCUCCUUGAUUGGUGGCAUCCAAGAUAUCCCUUCUCAUCCAGUGCUUAAGAAUCUGAGCAGAGAAGUCUGGGGGUUUUUUUUGGUCCUUUUUUGUGCAGUUUCACAAUCAACCAAAGAAAAUGCAUUCUAAAAAUAUGGAGCCAAACAACUGUGGUUUUCAGUGCCAAAGAACCAACAGCCACUGAAUUUCAUCUCUUCAAGACUUCAAGUGCAACUGCGUUGGUGUGACCAGUGUUCAAAAUGUUUAUAAUUAAGAAUUUUACAAAAGUUAAUUGACAUAUACUGCCCAAUAGAUAUUAUGGUUUCAGUUCUGAAGAGUAACUGAUUCUAGUGACAUUUGGUUAUGCUUUGUAUAAAAUCGGUCUAUUUUUUUCAGUCCUUCAAAAUGAAGGUAAAGUGUCUUAAUAAAUAAUGCUGUACUAUGUG